AUGGCUUGCAAUAGCAGCAACGAACACAGACUAACCCUUGAACCUGAGAAACAGAUCCUUCUCAAUAACCACACUGAGGAGCAUUUCACCGCCGGUGACAUAGUCCGUGACAUCAUUAUCGGUGCCUCUGACGGACUCACUGUUCCAUUCGCUCUUGCUGCCGGUCUCUCUGGCGCCAAUGUUGCCUCUUCCGUCAUCCUCACUGCAGGCAUAGCCGAAGUUGCUGCAGGCGCCAUCUCCAUGGGUCUCGGAGGUUAUUUGGCAGCAAAAAGUGAAGCUGAUCAUUACAAUAGAGAAUUGAAAAGGGAGCAAGAAGAAAUCAUUGCUGUACCAGAAACUGAAGCGGCUGAGGUGGCAGAAAUAUUGGCUGAAUAUGGAAUAAAGCCACACGAAUAUGGACCUGUUGUCGAUGCACUCACAAAGAAUCCUCAAGCAUGGGUUGAUUUUAUGAUGAAAUUUGAGCUGGGACUAGAAAAGCCAGAUCCAAUGAGAGCAUUGUGCAGUGCAAUGACAAUUGCUAUUGCUUACAUAUUGGGUGGAAUUGUUCCUCUCAUUCCUUACAUGUUCAUUCCAAAUGCAUCAGAGGCUGUUCUUUUUUCAGUAAUUUUUACAUUGAUUGCUUUGCUUAUCUUUGGCUUUGUCAAGGGAUGCUUCACCGGCAGCAAACCUAUCAAAAGUGCUUUCGAAACUGCUCUCAUCGGCGCCAUUGCAUCCGCAGCUGCUUUUGGUUUGGCAAAGGCUUUCAAUCCAUAGUUUCACGUUUUGUAUUUAAUGGCAACGAAGGCAAACUAUAUUACUUGUGGUCGCAACGAUUUUCA